GCCUCAGUUUGGAUAGCCCGCCAGAUACAAAAAGACUGUACAAAAUGGCUGACGAUUCACCAAACAAAUCAAACAAACUUCUUCAGUUGCCAUUAACUAGAAUUAAAAUGAUAAUGCGAAGUAGUCCAGACCUUGGGAAUGUUAACACAGAAGGAUAUUUUUUGAUUGCAAGAGCUGCUGAGCUGUUUGCACAAUACAUUGCAAAAGAGGGUUUGAAAUCUGAAAGCAAUGGCACGGAGCUAAAUUACAAAGGGCUUGCAAAUGCUGUUGAAGGAAAUGAUACAUUGGAUUUUCUGGAAGACAUCAUACCGCAGAAGAUAACAAUGAAACAAUAUUUAGAAAGAAAACCUGAUGGAGAGAAAUAGGAUACCAGUUUAAGAUCAAAAAGGAAAACACCUAUCUCUUAAAUGCUUUGAAAAUGCUUUGACAAUAACAUGUACAAAAUCAGCACCUGUUGUUUUGGAAACAAAACACUCCAGAAUGACAAAAAGAAAAUUAGAGCUUUAUGCUUCUGCUGGAUAUGAUUAGUAAGAGAGCCUUCAGUUGUGGAAAUUUCCUAUUUUAUUUGAUUGCCUUUAGCAAGUUGAAGAGCAGUAACGCUUGUAGAAUGGCAAAUUUUUAAGUUUCAGAAUUUUGACUUUUUAUGGUAAAACUGACUGCAUUCUCUUUCUAGAUUGACACUGUUUUGCUAUUGCAUAUGAAACAUUUUAUAAUUUCAGCAAUUUUUAAUUUGCAGAUAAUCUGCAAAACAAGCCCUGUUGUACCUAAAAGAGUUUGUAUCUAGUUUCAAAAAAACGUUUUAUUUUGCUAUUGCUGUCUUCACUUUGUCGAAAUGAUGAGAGUUUAAGUUUUCUUUAAGUACUAGUAUUUGAAACUAGAUUAAAAGAUCAAAGAACUCUGUUUGCAGAAAGCAAACGAAGAGAAUGUUCUUUUAUAAACAAAUUGAAAAUUAACUUUUAACAUUUCCCUUGCGUUUGCAUUUAUCUACGUUCAAUUAUAAAUGUGCUCAUGAUAACAUAUUCCUCAGCUCAUGAUAACAUAUUCCUCAUCGUCAUUAGUAUCAGUUGCGACGGAGCUACCAAUUUUUUUCAAAAAAGGAAUCGUUGAUUUUUCGGAUCUAUCUAUCUAUGGUUGUAAAGUAUUCAGCAUGCUUCAAAUACUCUUGAGCUGGUUUGAAAAAUGAACAUUAUAUUGUAAAUAAGUGCUCUCUCUCAUAUGUCGAUAACGUCUUAAAAGACUCAUUGCUAACGAUGGGCCUUUGCGAGCAUGGCGACGAUCCAAACAAUGGCAGUAAACUUCUACGAAUUAACCAAAAUUGAUUUCAGACUGUCUAAAAAUGCAUUAUGGGAUGCUUGCGUAGCGCAAUGGCUCAUUGUUAGCAAUGACUCUUAAAAGGAUUUUCCUUGGCCACGUGCUUUGAAUCUUGACAGCCUCUUGCUACUCAUAGCAAGCUCUUAAUCAAUAUUUUUCUUUGUAGUACUUGUUACUAACUUUCUAAUCAUUCUCUGUCUUUUCUGGCUUUGUCAAGAAAUCUGAACGUCCUUUCGUUCCAAUAUUUUUGUAAUUUUUUAAAUCCUUUAUCUGCAGCUUAACAUUAAAAGAUAACAAGCUA